AUGAAUUUUGGAUUGUAGCCAACUACGCUUUUAACUACCUAACCUAACACAUAAUAAGCACCAUCAAUCUUUGGUUAACGUAAUACUAUAAUUAAUAAAAAAGCUCAAACAUUACCAACAAUGUAAACACAAUAAGGAGGAUUAUAACCAUAACCAUAACCAUUAGCAAAUUAAUAAUUAUAGCCAUAAUUGACUACAACAAUUGUAUAACCUCAAAAUCAAACACUAAAGAAAGGUGAAUUCGAAAACCUAGUUAAGUAUUAUAAGGAAAAGCCUGAAUUGGUAUUUAUGAUUGGCUUAAUAUUAAUAGACAAAAUAAUAGGAAUUAUAAUUAUUUGUAUUGCAAACUAAGUAUUUAAAAAAUAGAAUAUAGAAAAAAUUUCAAAAGCAAAUAAAUGUUAAACAAACUUAAUGUAAUAUAUUUUAUAUCAUUAUUUUAGAUUUAUUAGUUGACACUCUCAGUUAAAAGGUGUGUUAAUUAUUUCAAAAAUUUAAUUUAAAUGAACGUAAUUUAGAAUAUACAAAAAAAGAUGAAUUAUAAAGAUUGAGUCAAAGAAUCAAAGCUGAUUAAGAAAAAUAAAAUUUAUUAUUUUAAUCUCAAAAUAAAAUCAAAGAAUUAUAUUCAUAAUAGGUAUCAAACUAUUUGGAACUUAAUAAUAAAUUUUAAAUAAAUAAAAAUGUAAAAUAUCAUUAUAUAUUAUUUAGAUGAUAAAUACAAUUUAAAAAAAAGAAAUACUUACAUAGAGUAGAUAAACUAAAGAAUUAAUAAAUUUAUUACAUGAUAACAGAGCAGAAUAUGUCUAACCAAAAUCUGUUUCAAUUAAAUCUAUUUCUUUUAAUACUCAUAAUUAAUUAAUAAUUGAAAAAUUAUUUAAAGAAUAAGAAUUUUAUGAAAAAUUGGAGCAAUUUUUAGAAUUUUAAAAAUAAAUUUAAGAAAAUAAAUAUGUUGAUAAAACAGAUUAUUAUGAAACUUUAUUUUCUUGUUUUGUGAAUAUCUAAAGUGAUCAUAAGGAUAUAAUGAAAUUAUUAUCUCUUUAAUUUCAAGGUAUCUAAUUUCAAUCUGAUACAAUUCAAAAAGAUCUUCUUUAGAAUUCAAUUAAAAUUUUAGAAUCAGAAAUGAAUAGAAGAAUUGGAAUUCUAGAUUUAGCUAAUAUUAAUUGUAAUUAUAUAUAAUAUUAUUUUAGAGAAAUUCAAAGAUAUUUAUUAUAAUAACUUAUCAAAACGUUUAACUAUCUAAAGUAUAGGUCAAUAUUAUCCAAGUGGAAUCUUAUUCUUAUUAAUGAGAUGUGGAUAAUUAAAAUAAGCAAAAUCAAUCAUGUUUUAAUUUAUCAAGAAUCUAAAAUAUUAAUUAUUUUUUGAACUCUUAGAAGAUAGGAUGUAAUUAUUAUUAAACAUAUUUUUAGUUAAACAAAUCAAUAAAAAAUAUAAAAACUUGAUUAAUUUUGUGAUGAUGAUUUAUUUGAAUAAUGUUAUUUGAUUGCCUUUGAUUCAGGAUCAGUAUCAUAAGUAUUUGAAAAUCAACAUUUUACUUAAGAUUAAGAUUUAUUCUUUUGGAUGACUCUUAAGACUACUCAUAUUGUAAAUAAAAAUGGAUGUGAUAAUUGGACAUUAUAGGAUUUAUAAGAUGCUAUUCCAAGAGAUAUUGGUUUCAAAAUGGAUAUACAUUUAUAAAGAUAUUAGGAAGUCUUAAAAGAAAUUUAUAAAACAUAGAAUUCUUUAGUUUCUAAAUUAGAAUAUUUUACAUUAUUCUUUAUUAUACAAUCUCUUUUAGAAAUACAAAAUGAAAAUACAAUAAUUGAGAUGAAUUAAAUUUUAAAUGGAAUUUUAGGACAAGUAUUUGAAAAAUAUCCAGAUAUUGGAGGAUUAUUAAUUAUACUUACUGAACCUGAUCUUUCAUAAGCUAUUGAUAAAAUAUAAGCUGAAAUGAUGAAAUAUAAAUAUGGAGUUGAAGUAUUUUAAGAUAAAAAAUUCUUUGAAAAUUUUGAAAAUAUGUUUGGAGAUAAUUAAAGAACAUAAGAUUUUAUUGAAUCUAUUGUUUAAGAACAGUUUUAAUAAAAUCUUCUUGAAUAUCAUAAAGAUUUUAUAGAAAAUAUCAUAAAAGGCAAUAAUAUUGUAUAUUUAUUCAUUUAAUUAGAAUGAAUUACUAAAAACACACAAAUAAUUUAUUGGAAAUAUUGAUAUGAGAAUGGAAGAACUCAAAAGUUACUUGGAAUUUAGAAAAACAAGUUUUACUAAUCUUGCAAUGAAUUUAUACUAAAUCUCAGGAAUCUUAUUAUUAACAACUGAAUGUUAAUUCAAUUUAAAGGCUUAAGAAUUAAAAUUUAUUUCUGGUGCUACUCCUAAAUUUCUUGUAAAAAACAACAAUAACCCUAAAUAAUAUUAUAAUCUCUUCUCAACUAUAUAUUAAAUUGCUGUAUCUAAUCAUAGAUAAAAGCACAUUUUUGAUUUAUUAUAAGCUUUUAACUUUUUAAUUCAAUCAAGUAAAAUAGAAUAAUUCAAUGAAAAUAAAUUCAGAUAGUAUUUAGUGUAAAUUGAUAUAUCAAAAUUAACCAAGAUUUUAAUAAAUAAUAAAUAAUUGUAUUUGUUAAAAUUAUUCUUUUGGAUGAUUGAAAUUACUCUUGAAAUUCAUGAUAAAAAAAUAGAUGAUUAUAAGUAUAUAUAUAUAUAAUAUUUAAAAUAGAAAUAUGAAAGAAACAUUCUAAAGAUUAAUAAAUAAUAAAUCAUAUUAAAAUGUUGUACUUAAUUCCUUAUUUUUAAUAAAUAGAGAAGUUGAUUUACAUUUUUAAGAUUUUAAAUUAAUGCCAAAAUGA